CUGUUCCACGAUAUCGAAAGAACACGUUCGCACAACUUUUACACGACAAACAGCUGAUUUCCGUUCCACUAAAAUCCAUCAGAACGAAAAUUUGCACGAAAAUCAAUGCGAACGAAAACGUAAGCGUUUCAGUGUAAUUUUGCGUUCCACUAUCUUUUUUCUUUCGUACGCAUGCGAACACAAAUGUCAAAAUCAGUCACUUGUGUGUUUGCUGUCGUACGAUAACAAUUAAGGAAAAUCUGUUUUAAAACAUAAACAUUGCUUAAUUGAAAAUGGAAACAAAAAUGUAAGUAAAAAUAAUAAAUCCAAUUUAUUAUGGGAACAAUAAAUAUAUUUUUUUAUUUUCUCAAUUCCAGCACGAAAAAAUCAUCAACUACACAGCUGCGGGCACUGGUUGAGUAUAUGGAGGAGAAUCCCGAGUUUGCCAGAGGAGUGCCAAUUUUUGGAAGCAGCAGGCAAUCCCUGGAGGACCACUGGAAGAAGUUAGUUUUUAAAUUAAAUACCAUGGGUCCUCCUUCCCGCACAAUUGCAGAGUGGAAAAAGACGUGGGCCGAUCUAAAGUCCCGCACCAAAAAGAAAAUUGCGGAAAAUAAAAAAGGGCUGCAAGGUACAGGUGGUGGUUUAUACCGGUUUGAGUGCCUAACGGAGCUGGAAACAGCAAUUGACCGGACACUCUUCUUGUCGAAGUCCGCAGCACCAAGUGGUAAAACUUUUGGCUACGCGGACGAAAUAGAUUACUGCUUCGAGGCAUUGGAUACCACACCAUCAAGACCAUCCAAGACCGUAGCAGUGGUAACACCUACCAGGCAGUUCAGUUCCCCAGAAUCACAUAACCAACAACAACAAAUAAACGUACAAACCUGUACCAUCACAACUCAACAAUACCAACCACCAGCCAAAAGACAAAAAAUCUCACCCCAUUUCUACACACAAACUGCAAAACAACAGGCACAGUCAGCACACACACAACAAACACAGACACAGUCAGCACACACACAACAAACACAGACCCAACAGCAACACCAACGUAAACAAACAACGUCCCCUCGUCAACACAUGGAACAUCAAACCGUGCAGAAAUCACCCCCAUUCAAAUGCACAUCACAACAUAAUUUUCCAUCCACAUCAUCAGCAAAAAAACGUUCCAACGUCGGAGAGCAAAUACCUCUUAUCCGUCGGCAAUUGCGGCUGGUCGAGCAGGCAAAUGCAAUAGCCAAGGAGCAAGCAGAUGCAAGCAAAAGGAUGGCUGACGCUGCAGAGAGAAUGGCAGAUUGUGCCGAGGCCCAAACAAAAAUGCUUAAGUCUAUAGAAGCAAUUCUAUCAACUUUUUUGCAAAACAAUUCACAAAACAAUUCACUAUAGUCCUUUUAUAAUAAUUUAAACUAAUUUUUUAAUUUUUAAUUUAUAUUAUUUUAUUUUAAUAAAAAAUUCUUUUAAUUUUACAAA